UUUCGUGAGUAAAAGUGGCGUGAUAGGUUAUGUUAUGUUCCGGGACUGAUUGAUUUAUUAUAAGCUGAAGCUGAAGCUAAAAUUAAGGUUCUAACAUGAAGCUGAUAACGUCGCUACUGCCACAUUCCAAGGGGUUCGUCAACGGAGAGUGGGUAGAUGCAUUGUCAGGCCACACCUUCACUGUAUCUUCUCCCUCCACGGGUGAAGUAUUGACGAGUGUUCCAGACAUGGUGGCUGUGGACUGUGAGCUGGCAAUAGCUGCGGCUGACAACGCCUUCAAAAGCUGGUCGUCCCUCACUGCUAAGGAGCGAGCUAUGAUGCUGAGGAGAUGGUACAAUGUGUUGGACGAUCACAGCAAAGAUCUCGCUCACAUAAUGACAGCCGAGUCUGGUAAACCACUCAACGAGGCGAUGGGAGAAGUGGCUUACGGAAACUCAUUUGUUGAAUGGUUUUCUGAAGAAGCGAGGAGAAUAAAUGGAGAGGUUGUGCCUAGUCCAGCCAACAAACAGUUAGUGUUCAUUAAACAGCCAAUAGGAGUUGUAUCCCUCAUAACACCUUGGAACUUCCCUCAUGCUAUGAUCACUCGUAAAGCAGCGGCAGCACUUGCGGCCGGGUGUACGUGCGUGAUCAAACCUGCAGAAGACACACCUCUCACUGCGUUAGCACUCGCCUACACUGUACAGCUCGCUGGGUUUCCAAAAGGAGUUUUCAAUGUUGUAACCUGCACCAGAGCCAACGCUGCCGAAAUUGGGAGAGUCUUAUGUCAAAGUCCUUCCGUUGCUGGCCUCUCAUUCACAGGGUCCACGGAGGUAGGCAAGCUGUUGUACAAUCAGUGUGCUGUUGGAGUCAAGCGCGUUAGUCUGGAGCUUGGAGGCAACGCUCCGUUCAUAGUGUUCAACACUGCGGACAUUGAGAGAGCCGUGGACUGUGCGAUGGCCGCCAAGUUUAGGAACUGUGGUCAGGCUUGUAUCAGUCCAAACAGAUUUUUCAUUCAUAAUGAUGUGUUUGAAUCAUUUGUUGAGAAGAUGGUAAAAAGAAUUCAUACAGACAUUAAGCUGGGUGAUGGGUUCGACCCCAACACCACUACUGGGCCUUUGAUCAAUGAUGCUCAAGUUGCUAAGGUUACCCGCAUCGUGGAUGAUGCUAUAGCCAAAGGAGCCAAAGUUCACUGUGGGGGUAAGCGUGCUCUUGAGGUUGGUGACAAAUUCUUCCACCCAACCUUACUGACCAACGUUACCUCAGAUAUGCUAUGUACAAAAGAAGAAAUCUUUGGUCCUGUCGUUGUGUGUAUGAGGUUUUCCACUGAAGGAGAAGCUGUGCAACAAGCCAACAAUACUUCCCGAGGUCUUGCAGGAUACUUCUUUACAAACGAUGUCUCGCAAGCGUGGAGAGUAGCCAAGAACUUGGAGGUGGGGAUGGUGGGAAUCAACGAGUCAUUGAUUUCAUCAGCAGAAAUCGCCUUCGGAGGAAUCAAAGAGUCUGGUCUAGGACGAGAAGGUUCACACCACGGCAUUGAAGAGUUCACUUACAUCAAAUCUCUAUGUUUCGGCAACGCCUGACAUCAGCCGCGGUCUGGUGGUCGGAGCUCGUGGUCGAUUAUUUAAACUUGAUCUGUGAUAAAUGUUGUUGUAAAUCAAGUACGUUUUACUUUAUAUAAAUCCUUCUCAAACCUGAAGAUUUCAUUUAAAUUUUAACAGUAAGUAUGUAUGAUUUUUUUAGUCACAAUUU